GGUUAUUAUUUGCAUAGAAGAACGGGCGGACAUGUGAUGCACGGUGUGAAGUGUUGAGUUGGUUUAUGUGGUUUAAUUUUCGCUUUUUGCGUCGGAAGUUCAGUCAGCGCGGAAAAUCGAUUUUCGGUGGAUUCUGUCGCUGUUGAAAUACCUCGUUAUACACUUCUCGAUUAAAAAAUGAAUAGCGUUGUCGAGGUGGAGACGAAACAAUUACCUCAAAUCGAGAAACUCCAGGUUUACGGCAUACGAUGGGUGGUUUUGGGGAUUUUCGUGCUUUAUUCAGCGGCCAAUGCGAUGCAAUGGGUGCAAUUGGCCAUUAUCAACGAUGUAAUGGUCAGCUAUUAUGGGGUAUCAUCAAUGUGGGUUGAUUGGACUUCCAUGAUUUAUAUGUUUUUAUAUGUGCCGUUUGUGUUUCCUGCCAGUUAUGUAUUAGAAAAAUUGGGCGUACGGAAAUGUGUGAUAGUUGGAAUGGCAUUGACAUGUCUAGGAACAUGGGUAAAAGUCGCCGGAGUGGAUAGAGAUAGAUUUUACGUUGUCUUCAUAGGGCAAUCAAUAGUUGGAUUUUCUCAAAUAUUUAUUUUGUCUGUACCGUCGAGAUUGGCUGCUCUUUGGUUUGGACCGUCUCAAGUCUCGUCUGCCUGCAGUAUAGGAGUAUUCGGGAAUCAGCUUGGCAUCGCCAGUGGUUUUCUUUUACCACCGCUAUUCGUUAGCUCAACAUCGAGUUUCGAGCAACAAACCAAACAAUUUUACACAAUGUUCAUUUCCGUUGGUAUAUUUACAACCGUUCUUCUCAUAGUAAUUUUACUUUUUUUUAAGGAUAAACCUCCAACUCCUCCAUCACACGCGGCUCUUCAACAAAACGAGACCGACUCCGAUUUCGUCGGAACAUUAAAGGCUCUGAUGCGAAAUAAAUCCUUCAUUUACCUUCUGCUUGCGUACGGGAUCAAUGUAGGAGUGUUCUACGCUAUAUCCACGCUUCUGAACCAGAUCGUGCUCCGGUAUUAUCCAGGAGCUAGCGUCGAUGCUGGUAGAAUAGGAUUGGUAAUCAUAGUAGCAGGUAUGCUGGGCUCGAUCGUUUGCGGUGUAAUCUUGGAUAAAUUUCAUAAGUUCAAAGAAACUACUCUGGUGGUGUACUCCUUCUCGUUAGUCGGGAUGGUGAUCUAUACGUUUACAAUAUCCAAAGGAAUCGUCGUUGUUUAUAUCAUAUCAGCAAUUCUUGGAUUCUUCAUGACAGGUCUGCUUCCAGUCGGUUUUGAAUUGGCGACCGAAUUAACUUAUCCGAUUCCCGAGGGAACACCGGCGGGUCUGUUAAAUUGCGCCUGUAACCUUUUAGGCAUAGUUUUUACCAAUUUAUAUUCUGUGAUUUUCAACGCCGUGAACGACGUAUGGGCCAAUCUGGUCAUGUGUUUCGUCCUGUUGAUUGGCAUUAUUCUAGUGGUUUUCACCAGUUCGGAUCUGCGUCGUCAAGCCGCCCAAAAUUCCGCUAAUUCUGAAUAUCAAAGAUUACUUACAGAACCUGGAACUAGUUAUGUCGAAGGCGAGCAUUAGUUAUCUAUAAUUAUCGCCUAAUAAGGAGAAUAUGAAGAAACAUUAUGAACUUAAUAAAGCUUAUACUUUAUAGAAGGCCGAUGUCUGUGCAAUGAAUGCUUAAAUUUACCAUUCAAGUUGUAGAUGGCGAUGCAAGACUAAAAUGUAUGUAAUUUCAUAGGUACUUAAAGUAUUAACAAUUAGAAAAUUGCAAUAUCAAUAAAGCCAUUAUUUAAUUAUAAUAUUUUUUAUGUAGGUACCAAUAUUUUAUGUGUAUUAAAUAUUUUUUAUUCAA